UAUUUUUCAGAAAAAAAUAUGUUGAAAAUCAUCAGUUACAAUGUACAUGACUGGUACACAGCAGAUGGGAAACAUAAUCUGGACCAAAUUGUUGAAUUGUACAGAGAAUUACAACCGUACAUAUUAUGCAUGCAGGAGGUGGCAGGUUACGGAUUAAAGAAAUUUCUAGAACUUACUGAGUUGAAAUAUUCCUUAAAAAGUGGAGGUUGUGCAAUAGUGUCCAAUAUGGAGUUACUCGAUGUGAGCAACCGCUCUGGCAAUGGCUCCCAUCCUCGUUAUAUAACUGCUCAAAUACUAACUCCUGAUGGAAUACCGUUCUAUGUAAACUGUCUUCACUUAGAUCAUAGAGUGGAGCCGAACCGAAUGAAAGAGUUGGCAUCUAUUGAAGGAAACCUAAAACCAUUGUUUGAAAAGAAUGCACCUCAGAUCUGGCUGGGCGAUUAUAACAGUUUGACAGAGGAGGAUUACGAGAAGACAGAAUGGGAAGAAAUUGCUAAUGUUAGGAAAAAAAACUCAUGGGAGUCACCUAAAACACAGGUUACCUCAAGAAUGGCGGAACUGGGAUUUAAGGACUCCUGGAAAUUAAUGAAGAAACCACUCCCUGUCUCAACCUGUAGGUUCAACACUCAUAUAGAUUACUUGUUCAUCAACGAACCAUUCAGAAAACUAUUUGAACUCAAAAGUAUUCUCCAUCAUGCUAGUCAGGCUUCGGACCAUGCACCUGUUGUUGGCGUUUUUGAGCAAGUUACAUUCUCCUAAACACCCGAACACCCUAAACUAUAAGUCUUCUGUGCGAACUGCAGGAACUACAAUGAUCUGAAAGAGUGGGUUUUAGUGGAGAGUGCGUUGUUUAAGAAAUCACGAAAUUUUGUUAUAAACAAUACACUAUAAUCUUGACUAUAUACGUAACGUCGCAACGUAACGUAACGCCUUAGACUUUGUUUUACCGCACCAACUCACUCACACAUUUUGUAGCUCUAGGCAUAUACUUUUAAAACUACAAAGAGCAUGUUUCUAGUUCAUAGUUAAAAGAAGUUAUUGGCAAAAUACUGCAUGAUUUUUGCGUCAGAGUGAGCACUCUUUGUUUGCAGUAAAUAUAGUUUAAUCGAACCUUGAAAAUUGGAUAAAUGUAAAAGUAUAUUAUUUUCAGUUUUAGUAAAAUCUUUUUUUGAAUUCUUGAAAAAUUACAUUAUUGUCUUCAUCUUGAAUAAAGAGUUGUAUGGAAAGAA